CAAUACAAUCGAUCAACCAGAAAUGUUAAAAUCAAAUAAUGCGCAAUGGGAUUACUUCGCGUCCGUGCGUUAUUUUGCUGAUCAUCGAUCAGAGUUCCAUCAAGGGGCAUUAAAUGAAACGUACAUAUAUUUACAGCAUAACUUGCAUAAACACACAACCCACGAACGUCACCUGGCAACAAAACAAUACCAAUAAUAUUUUGUGAAAUCAUACUCAGAACAAACCGAGCUGGAGUUUCCUGCUGCCACCUUUUUCUUUGCAUUUUUUUGCACAGUUUUAGCUGCACUCGACAACAAGAAAAAUUUCGCAUAUUUAAAAAUAGUUAACGACAACAUACGAAGUGCUUCAAAAGUAUUUUUAUUUGCCCAAAACACAUUCCGCGCCCGGCAUUUUGCCCUCUUCUGUCAAUUGGAGUGAGUUCAGUGCCUUUUCACAAUAUCCAGAGCAGCCUUCUUCUCGUCUGCUGCCAGUUGGGAUAUAUAAAAAUAGCACUAGCAGCAAGCACAGGGCAAAGGCAAUAAACAAUAACAGAAACUACAUUUAUCCAUUAAGCACGCAUGUCUUCGUCGGCGGCUAAUUGGAGGUCGGACUAUUGCAAUUUGAAUAAUAUUUGGUAUUGGAUAACCCGAGAAACUUCAUGGAUGACCCAUCAAUCAAAAAGCGUUUGAUUGAUUUCGGUACCGAUGAACAUGAGUACGAUGAGGUUCAGGAGCUACCAGAGGAAUCAAGCAAUCAACAUAACGCUGACAGCCACAGCACUGGCGAGGGAGCAGGAGCCACAAUCGCAGCCGUGGGCGGCUCAACAGCAGCGGCCGCAGACGCAGAGUUGCCACCAGAGUUGCCACCGCCCAAGCAAAAAUCUGUAAAGAAUUCCAAAAACAAGCAGAAGCUAAAGUCGGCCAAUAAAUCGAAAAUUCCGCGCUCUCCAUCGCUAGCCAGCAGCUUGAGUUGCCUGGCGAGCAGCAUCAGUGGUAACCACAACACCAACAACAACGUGCCACCGCAAACUCCGCCAUUGCCAGCGAGCUAUCAGCAGCAGAAUAAAGCGAAGCACAUGAAUGGUGGCGGAGCAACGCCAGCGGCUACACCCACAUCGCCAACAGGAUUUAAUAAUGCCAACAACAACAGCAUCAACAGCACUAUAAUGGGUGGAGGGGUGCAAUUGAAUCCCUCUAAUAUUAGCGGAGGAGGUGUCGCCCAACGUGGCAGCCUCAAUUUGUCGACGAGCGCAUCCUCUGCCUCGGCAGCCACGCGUCGUCCUCAAAUCCAAAUAUCGUCAAUUGCGGAAGCUCAGGCAACAACGCCGACGACACCGAACUCAGCAUCACCAAAAAACUUUCAGUAUUUAACGUUGACUGUGCGCAAGGAUGAGAUUGGCUACGGCAUGAAGGUCUCCGGUGACAAUCCAGUUUUUGUGGAGAGCGUAAAGCCUGGCGGAGCCGCUCAAAUCGCUGGUCUGGUAGCUGGCGAUAUGAUUCUAAAGGUGAAUGGUCAAGAAGUGCGCCUGGAAAAGCAUCCCACUGUGGUCAGUUUGAUUAAAGCAUCCACUGUUGUCGAGCUGGCUGUAAAACGAAGUCAUAAGAUAUCGCGACCGAGUUCAGUAGGCAUAGUGCCAUCCACCCCUGUAUUAUCCGGACGCGAUCGUACAGCAUCCAUCACAGGUCCUCAGCCAGUUGAUAGUAUAAAGCGUCGUGAAAUGGAAACGUACAAAAUCCAAACGUUGCAGAAAAUGUUGGAGCAGGAGAAACUAAAUCUGGAGCGUCUCAAAGGCGAUACGAAUAAUCCUAGCUAUAAGCUUUCCGAGGCCAAUAUACGCACAUUGCGCGACCAGUUGCGGCAGGUGGGCGCUGAGGAUGCACCGAUUAUCAAGUACCAUCCGACUGCGAACAAUAAAAACAACGCAAUGCUAACGCCCAAUCAAAUUCAGCACUUGUCUGCGUCCGCCAACACAACCACCUCCAACACCAAUACCACUCAUUAUCAACAACAACUACAUCACCAACAACAACACCACCACAUCCACAACAACAACAACAACAAUCAUCAUCAGCAACAGGCCAGCACACCACAACCGCAACCAGCACACUCCUCACCCGCAUUCCUCUCACUAUUGCCGCGUUCGCUCUCGUCGCUUUCGUUGGGCACGCGCAAGAAUAAAAUAGAGAAAGAGUUCAUAACCUCACCACUAAACAAUACCACGGACUUUUUGCAUCAUCAACGGCAGCAGCAGCAUCAGCAGCAACAUGCUACUGUGGUAACCACGCCGGAUGCAUUCAAUGCCAUGUCGCAGUCGCUGCACCAACAUACGAGCACACCAAGCAUGCAGCAGCAGCAGCAGCAACAACAGCGUAACUCGCCACAGCCAUAUUAUUACCAACAACAACAGCAACUGCAGCAGCGCUUCAAGGAGACUCCCAAAUCGGCGGCAGCCUCUAAGAGUAAGAGCAAGUUUACGAUCUCAAAGAGUCUGAUCGAAGAGGACAUUCCACCGCCAUUGCCGCAGAGAAAUCCGCCACGCCAGCUGGCUCUGGAUCUGAGCAAUGGCAACGGCUCGCCCAACAGCAGCCAUCUGUUUGCUCCCAUAUCCGAUUUGGAUCGUGCUAGCAGUCCACAGCGCAACGCCUCCCCCAUCGCUGCUAAUGGUAGCGGCAACAAUACCAACAACAACAGUCCGAGCAACGCCAAAUCGAAACGUUCGAAAACUAAAACAAAAGCCCUAUCCGAUCCCAAAAUGUCCACGCAAAUGUUCCUACAAAUGGAGACGGUGAGUGGGGCAGGAGCGGGCGGUGCGGCUGCCGCGGGGGGUUUUAGCACUGGCUUGGACUGUGUGCCACCGCCACUGCCGCCGCGACAGCCGGGCAUGCUGGUGGAGGAGCUAAAUCGCGGCAGCUGUCAAAAUCUCAGCGGUGGUCGGGCGCCACCCAAUUCGAUAGGCACGGUUUUUAACUAUCCAUUGGUAUCAACGUGCACGGCGGUGCAAAACGAUAAUAUGGCUGCUGCGUUUCCCCUAUCGCAAAGACCUAAUAUCGUGCAACAAUUGCAGCAGCAUCAGCAACACCAACAACAACAACAACAGCUUGGCGGUGUACCCACAGCCGCACUGGGUCAGACGCCACAUUUGAGUCAAAUGAAGCAUCGACGUGUCGGCUCCUCACCAGACAAUAUGCACCCAAGACAUCCGGACCGCUUGACAAAGACGACGUCAGGUUCGUGGGAACUGGUGGAGAAGGAUGGUGAGAUAACACCCCCAGGCACACCGCCACCACCGUACCUGACCAGCUCGCACAUGUCCGUACCUGAGGAUCCGAACGAAAACUGCAGCGGAGGGUCUGGCAUAUUCGUCGAAUCACAUCAUUUCACGCCUCUGGGCGCUGCUGCAACAUCACCGCUGCCUCCGUCACUACAUUCCAGCCGCAUACAGGCGGCCCAAUCGAUAGACACGCAAAAAGAGAUCAUCUCCAUGGAGGAUGAGAAUUCCUCGGAUCAGGAGGAGCCAUUCAUAGACGAAAACGGACCGUUCAAUAAUCUGACACGACUUCUCGAAGUCGAAAAUGUAGUGUUCCUUGCCGUCUUCCUCAACUAUGUGCUCUCUAAUUCGGAGCCUGCGCCGCUGCUAUUCUACCUGAUUACUGAGCUAUACAAAGAGGGCACUUCCAAGGAUAUGCGCAAAUGGGCCUACGAGAUACACUCAACAUUUUUGGUCCCACGAGCUCCGCUCUCGUGGUAUCGGCAAGACGAGUCCCUCGCCCGCGAAGUUGACAAUGUUCUCCAGUCUGAAUUCGACAAGGUGGAGAUUUUGCGUACAGUUUUCCUGCGUAGCCGAAAACGCGCGAAGGACAUUAUCAGCGAGCAGCUACGUGAAUUCCAACAAAAGCGUAUGGAAGGCCUGGGAACCAUCUAUGGCCCAACCGAUGAUAAAUUGGCUGAAGCAAAGGGCGACAAGCAACGCGAACUGAUCAUUGACAAGUAUCUGAUGCCCAAUCUACAGAUAAUAAUCGAGGAAUACGAAAGAGACUUGCCACUAGAAGAUCCACGAAAACUGGCCCUUUGUUCGGCACUAUCCACUGUAAUACAUCGCAUUUUUAACACACGUUCCCAUCCCAAUAGCAUCGUGGAUCGUGUUCAUCAUUUUGUGAGUCGGGAGAAGAGCUUCAAAUCGCGUCUAAUGGGCAAAAAUCGAAAAAUGACUGUACGUGGUCAUCCAUUGGUAUUACGUCAAUACUACGAAGUGACGCACUGCAAUCAUUGUCAGACCAUUAUCUGGGGUGUCAGUCCACAAGGUUAUCACUGUACAGACUGUAAAUUGAAUAUUCACCGCCUCUGUUCGAAAAUAUUGGAAGAGAAUUGCCCUGGCCCUCUGCCCCAAGCGAAACGAAAUCCUCACAAUGACAAUAAAAUUAGUAAAUUUAUGGGUAAAAUACGACCACGUACAAGCGAUUUUAUUGCCAAUGAGAAACGCGCACGUCAGGAUGAGGAUAUGGACGUGGAUUUUAGCAAUGGUAAGGCCGUUACAGAAAGUGAAAUACCUUUUUCAAAGCGCCUGCACAAUUCCUCGAUAGUGCGCCAACCGUCAGACCGCAGGCCGGAUGCCAACAUCUCAUUGCGCUCCAAUGGCAAUGCCUCCGCAAAUAGUUCGGCCCUCAAUAGCAGCGACCUACAGAGCUCCUUCCAUGCCGCCAGCAGCGCCAACGACAGCAUUGGCGGCAGUGGCAGCUGCACAGCUGGACCCUCCGAACUAACAACCAGCACAGGUUCUACCGCUUUGGUGAGCAGCUUGUUGGGUGCUGUGGGACUGAGCGGUGCCACUUCUGGGGAUUUGAAUGCGCAGGACGCAGAUGCACAGAACAAGGAUGCGCGCAGGGAACGCUACCAUCAACACCCGCAGCACAAGAGUGCACCCGUAUCGGUGAAUCGGUCCGAGUCGUAUAAGGAGCGUUUAACAAGCAAGCGUAAUCGCAACAGUCGUCGUAAGACCUCCGAUCCAAGUUUGCCGUCACGUCCCAACGAUGAUCAACCAGACUUGGGUCUCUCAAAUUCCAACCACACAGCCAGUUCCGAUUCUAGUCUCUCCUGUGGCUCUGAGAGUCCCAGCACCUCAAUGGAACAGGUUGGCGGGGGCGCCGCGGCCGGUGCGACCGCAACACAAUCCGCCAUAUCGUCCAGCUUGCAUCCUCAUCUGCAGAUACAGCAACAUGCGCAUCAGAAUAGUCACAGUCACUCCGAUUCGUUUCAUGGCAGUCUGGGCAGUGCAGGCAGUGGGCCCGUAGGCCAGCUACGUCAAUGGAACUUUGAAAGUAGCGACGAGGAUGAUCUCAAUGAGGCCGAUUGGAGUUCCAUGGUGGCAGCCGACAUGCUAGCAGCGUUAACUGAUGCAGAGAAGAAGCGACAAGAGAUUAUCAAUGAAAUCUACCACACGGAACGCAGUUAUGUUCGCACCCUCAAGCUGCUCGAUCGCCUGUUUUUCCUGCCACUGUACGAGAGCGGUUUGUUGUCCCAGGACCAUCUGUUGUUGCUCUUUCCGCCCGCACUGUUGUCGCUGCGCGAACUGCAUGGCAACUUCGAGCAGAAGCUGAAGCAACGACGGCUCGAACACAACCAUGUGGUGAACCACAUUGGUGACCUUCUCGCCGACAUGUUUGAUGGUCAGUCGGGCGAGCAGCUGCGCGAGCAUGCAGUUCAGUUCUGUGCGCGUCAGAAAAUCGCGCUCGAAGCACUCAAGGAGAAACGGCACAAGGACGAGCAGCUGCAGAAAUUGCUGCGCAAAUCUGAAUCGCACAAGGCGUGUCGCCGCCUGGAGCUAAAGGAUUUGCUGCCCACAGUACUGCAACGUCUAACCAAAUAUCCCUUGUUGUUUGGGAAUCUGUACAAGGUCACUGUACGGGUGUUGCCCGAAAACACCAGUGAAGCGGAGGCCAUACAGUGUGCCCUGGAGUCGACUAAAAGGAUACUGGUUGAGGUCAACAAGGCUGUGAAGACUACCGAGGAUGCGCAUAAAUUGCAAAACAUCCAGAGAAAAUUGGACAAGUCCUCUUUGGACAAGGAUAGUGAACUGAAGAAGCUCGACUUGACACAGCAUCGUCUUAUGUACGAUGGUAAUCUGACCAUGAAGAAGAAUCCAAGUAUACAACUACAUGGCUUGCUCUUUGAAAAUAUGAUUGUAUUGCUUACCAAACAGGACGAUAAAUACUUGCUUAAGAAUCUUCAUAUACCGCCGGCUGCUAACAAUAAGCCUGUGCCCGUCAGUCCCGUCAUGACCAUUGAUUCGGAAACUUUGGUGCGUCAAGAGGCUGCCGAUAAGAACUCGUUCUUUUUGAUCAAAACGAAGACUUCACAAAUGUUGGAGCUGCGCGCGCCUACCGGCUCAGAAUGCAAGACAUGGUUCAAGCAUAUAUCGGAUGCAGCCGCCCAACAGUACAAGCCGCGCUCCAAGAACGCCAACAACCAUGACACAACUGUUGAUGAUCCCGCCAUUGCCACCAUACCGCAUUCCAAUACCAAGGAGUCGCUGGAGCUGACGCCCGAGCGCAUGCCACAACCAGCGACAGCCACCGUCACAACAACACCACUGGCGCCGCUGUUGCCGGUGGCAACCGCAACCGCAGCACCCCUGGCCAAUAGCAGCUACGAUGGUGGCGUACAGCUACGAAAUGGACGACGGGAGAGCACGCCCAGCUCCCUAGGUGACCACGGCAGUUACUUCAAUUUGACAAGCGCAGCGGCCAAGCAGAGACUCAGUCACAAUGAGACGGGCGCGAUUAAUCGCACCAUGUCCACGCGCAGUUGUGGUGAGGCCAUCAACAAUAGCAACAACAACCAUUAUGGAGCUGGUGGAGCUGGUUUGGAUCUGAAUGGCGUGGCUUUGCGUCACACGCAAUCUGCACGUCAUGCCAAUGGCAAUGGCAGCGGCGAGUCGAAUGAAGAGCGCUCCUCCACUUACGGUCUGGUGGGUGGGCCCUCGAAACGGGACAGCGCGAGCAUAGUCUGCUCGAAUAACUCCAACGACACGCGGACGCUGCUCAUGCAAUCGCCCUUGGUAGACCCCACGGCCAUACAGAUCAGCAUUAGUCCAGCCCACACCGCCGAACCGGUGUUGACGCCGGGCGAGAAAUUGCGCCGCCUAGACGCCGCCAUACGCGAUGGUCUUCUGGAGAAGCAAAAGAUUAUUUGUGAUAUCUUCCGCUUGCCCGUGGAGCACUUUAACGAGAUUGUCGACAUUGCUAUGAUGCCCGAAGCUCCCAAAGACAGUGCAGACAUUGCGCUGGCCGCAUACGAUCAGGUCCAAUCGUUGACUAAGGUCCUCAACGAGUACAUGCAUGUGACCCCGGAGCAACAAAUAUCGGCAGUCUCGACUGCCAUCUGCGAUCAGUGCCACGGAAAGGAGAAAGAGAAACUUCUGCGCAAGUCAGCGACACCAGCGUCCGUGUCUACCGUGCAUUCGUCCUCCGCCUCUUCGCCGCCACCGCCGCCGCUGCCGCCUCCAAACAAGCAGCCAGCACAGCAGCAAACGCCCAAAUCAAAGGCCAUGCCCAAGCUCCAUACACCCGUGGUGGUAGAUGAGGUGGCGAUACAUGAAGAUGACGACGGCUACUGCGAAAUUGAUGAGCUGCGCUUGCCGGCCAUACCGGCCAAGUCGCCAUCGGCGCCGUCAGGGCCCAGCACACCAUUGGCGCCUUUCAAGUCGCCCCCCAACAACAACAACAACGCAGAACAACCAGCUCUAUCCAACAGCAACAACGCAAGUGGCCAGAGCAACAGCCCUGAGCUGAUCAAACGCCAAAGCACCAUUAGCGCCGAUAGCAUUCCCGAAGAAUCCGCAGAUGAGUUGCAUAAAGCACUUACCGGUGAGACGUCCAACUUGGAGAAGGAGCCAACCACAACUGUGGAAGAUGCUGCUGCCGAUGCUGGUGUUGACGCAGAAAGAGCAGAGGCUGUUGCCGAGGCUAUUGCUGAAAAGGUAAAGACAAUAAAAACGGAGGGUCUUGCGGAAGUUGAGGCAGCCGCAGGUGUCCACGAUGUCAUGGCCACAGUUGAGGCUGUGGAGUCAACCGCUGACAGCACGACCAUAACAACAGUCGCAGCACCACCUUCGACAGCCGAGCCGCAAAGUCACAAGAUUCUAGAGACCAGCACCACAAAUGUGGAGGAGGCAGCGAACAGUUCCAGCAGCGAGCAUAUCGAGGUCAACGAUGUCUACGAUACUUUGGUCGCACCCAAGCCGCAUGUCACGCUCUCCACAACAACAACAACAACAGUAACAACAUCCACGGCCGAGCCGCAAAGUUUCAAGAGUGAGGAGAUCAGCACCAGCACCACCGCAGCUUUGGAGGAGGGAGGAACUGCAGAAAAUACAGCGAACAGUACCAACAGCAAGCAUAUUGAACUCAAUGAUGUCUAUGAUACUUUGGCCGCACUGAACAAGGCGCAUGUAACGCUCUCCAUGAUUGACAAUUCAACACAAACGGCACAGCCACUGCUGUUGCCCAUGUCGCCCACUACUAAGGCCCCUGGUGCCACAACAUCCACCGGAACCGGGACCACCUGCGGACCCAAUCGCUUGCUACACGCCAGCUCCCUGGAGCCGAGCGUGCCAUGCCACGCGCUCAGUAACAUUGUCAGCGUGCUGAACGAACAAAUUUCGCUGCUCUUGCCCAAGAUCAACGAACGGGAUAUGGAACGCGAGCGGUUGCGCAAAGAGAAUCAGCACUUGCGAGAGCUGCUGAGUGCGAUGCAUGAACGUAAUCGAGUUGAUGCAACAAAGGAAACUCCAACUGACAUCAGGACCAUACUGCUGGCGGCUGAUGCAGAAUUUGAGGACGAAAUCGAUGCCGUUUCCAAUACAUCGCUGACACCAACGCCGACGCCUUUGCCACCGACCACGCCCGCCGGCAGCAGCGGAAAUUCGACCACCAUUGGCGGCGAGUCGGAGCAUUAAGUUUGUAAGGGGCGCGCAUUUUUGACGGGGGAUAUAACCGCCGACUUCUUGGUAUUUGUUUGUUUUUUAUAAAUAUUUAUAUAUAUGUAUGUACACUCAUAUAUAACCUAUACAAGUACAUAUAUGAAAGCACGCCUUUGGCCAAUUGAAUUGGUGGCGUCUCUAUUUCUCGUUGAACACUGUGUAGACAGAGCAUUUCUACUGCUUAUAUAAAUAUUGUGUGUGUAGUUUCCCCGCCCCCCCACACACACUUUCUCCCACCCUGUCGCGCACACACACUCGCACACGGUCUUGGUGUUACGCAUAAAGGUCUAUUAUAUAGUAUUGGGAUUGAAAUAAGCUUUCCAUUAAAUAAUGAAAUAUAAUACGCGUCUAUUCCAUUUGAUUAACUCACAACAGAAACAAAUACAAAUAAAGGAGCAACCUAUUGAUGUAAAUGUUGAUAUUUUUCGCUAACAACUAAUUAUAUUUAUAUACAAAUAUACUUAUAUGAAAAGAAAAGGAAAACCAUACACGUAUAUAACUAAAUAAAUAUUUUGAUCUAGCACAAAUAAAUAACAAAUAACGGCUAUAUAUAUAUAUAUAUAUACAUAUAUAUAUACGCUUAUACAUACAUACCCACAUACUAUACAUAAUUAGAACAAUACUUGAUAUGUUAAUGUGCCCCAAAAAAUGAACGUACUAUAUACUAUACAUAUGUAUUUAAUGAGCCCAUCUGACGAUUUUAAUGCGAGAUCGAAUGGUAUUGAGUUGAUGAGUAAUUAUUGGUGAUGCCAAGAACAUGGUCUUGGAGGUAGCUCAGACCUUAAAAUAAGUGGCAAGGAUGCAUUUGAUGCACGACCAGAAUUUCAGAGCUUUGGCCGAUAUCUUGGAUUAGUAGUAGGGACCUCUUCUUCGUACUCUUCCUCGAUGUAUGUAGUUUAGAGCGGUAAAAAUGUUACUCUUGUUUGUUUUUAAAUGUAGCGACGAGACGAGAGCCAUAAAGAAAAAAAAGGUAGCAACAAAAUAAACACAUAGGGAGCAUGUCGAUUCUGUCCCAACAAACAAUGAAAACCAGAAAAAUUGUAUUGCCUUUAAAAGCAUCACGCGUUUGUGUGUUGGUCUUUAUAAUUUUCUCAAAAUCAAAAGCCAAUUUCUCCACUUUGUGCAGUGAAGGUGAGACGCAGCCUUAGCCUUUUGGGACCGACCUAGAGGAGUCCUGUAAUACACUUUGAGCAAAGCUUUUAUUUUUGUUUUGAAAACAAAAGCAAACCCACAAAAUACCCAACAUUUUACAUUACAAAUAUAUACAUUUUUGGAUUUUUUUAAGUAAGAGAAUUUGUUGAAUGCUAAAAUAAAAAUACAAUUUAUAAAUAUGUAUUACUAUAUUUAAUGUAAUUGAAUGUACCAAUUAGUUGAUAGCAAAUAAAUAAUUAAUAUUGUAAACACA